CCUCUCUCUGGCACAGCAUGAUCCGCAUUCGGCAUCCGCAGGGCACCGCGACGCUGCGGCUCGCCGAGCUGCCCUCGCUCGGCGCGCUGCAGGCCCGCAUCGCCGAGCUCACAGGCAUCGCCGCCGCAGAGCAGGAGCUCCGCACCGGCUACCCGCCGCGACCGGUGCCGCUCUCCUCGCUCCCACCAGCGACCGCAGUCUCCGAUGCACCUCUGAGCCUCAGCGCCGGCUCGCAGCUCGUCGUGUCGCAGGCCAGCGCCGGUUCGUCCUCCUCUUCCCGGCCGGUCACGCCGCGUGCUGCCGCCGUGCCCUCGACGCCUGCGCCCGCUGCUGCAGCGGCGCCUGCUGCACGCGCAAUGGCACCGCCGCUCGUGCCCAAGCCAAAAGCAGCGCCGCCCUUUGCGCGCACAGCCGCUCCGGCACCAGCCACGCCCACGCCCGCGGCCCCACGGCGGGCGCCGCAAGACGCCGAGGUGCACCGCGAGGUCGACGGCUCGGAGCUGACGCUGCGCAUCGUGCCGGACGACAACUCGUGUCUCUUCAAUGCUGUAGCGGGGCUGCAGCUCGGCGGGCUGGGCGAGGAGAAGUGUGCUCAGCUGCGCGAGAUCGUCUGUAGCGCCAUCGUUGCGUCGCCGCACGAGUACAGCGAGGUGAUGCUCGGCAUGGCGCCCGAGACGUACUGCAAGCGCAUGCGGCAGCCGGCGACGUGGGGCGGCGCCAUUGAGCUGGCCAUCCUGGCGCAGCACUUUGCCACGGAGCUCAUCGCCGUCGACGUCGGCUCGGGCGUGGUGCACACGUUUGGCGAGGGGCAGGGCUUCGAGGAGCGCGCGUGGCUCGUGUACAGCGGCAUCCACUAUGACUUCCUCGCACUGCUGCCGCAUCCGACAGCGCCGCUGGAGUUCGGCACGACGCGCUUCCCCUCGCUGCCGGCCGGCUUGGGGCUCGAGGAUGGCGACGAGCUGCGCACGGCGGUGCUGGACAUUGUUGCCGAGCUGCGCGCCCGUCACUACUACACCGACACGGCGACGUUUGCACUGCGCUGCGGGCAGUGCCGCACGCCGCUCAAGGGCGAGAAGGACGCCACGAAGCACGCCAAGGAGACGGGCCAUACGCAGUUCGUAGAGUACGACGCCUAG